UAAACACACUUCCGGGAUGUAGCCAGGGUUUCCAACGUCUCGUUUUCCAGCGUCACGUCGUUUUUCUUGACAAUGUCUCCCCCUCCCGUCUCGCUCUCUCCUUCGCCUCCUUUUUUUUUUCACCUCUCCCCACUCGGUGUCUCGUAGUUUAAAAUGGCGGCGUUGAGCAGCGCCGAGUCUCCACCGGCCGUCUUUAACGGAGAGACGAUGGCGCACGACGCGGAGCGGGAUCCGGGGACCGGACUGGAGGCGCUGGGCGCGGGGUUCAGCUCGGUGUGCACGGCGUGUUCCGCGUCCGCCGAGGCCGAGCAUCGCCACGACAUUCCCGAGGAGAUAUGGAAUAUCAAACAGAUGAUUAAGCUGACUCAAGAACACAUAGAGGCACUUCUGGACAAGUUUGGUGGUGAACACAACCCUCCAUCCAUAUACCUGGAGGCUUACGAAGAGUACACCAGCAAACUCGAUGCUUUGCAACAGAGGGAGCAGCAGCUACUGGAGGCUAUUGGGAAUGGCACAGAGUUCUGCUCCUCCCCGACUCCAGCACCACUGGAUGGCAGGUUGGGUGUGACCCAAAGUUUGGCUGCAACCCCCAACACCUUGGCUGUGAUGCAGACCCCGUCGGACGCCACCCGUGCUAACCCACGUUCGCCCCAGAAACCCAUCGUCAGAGUCUUUCUGCCAAAUAAACAGAGGACAGUGGUUCCAGCUCGUUGUGGAAUGACCGUGAGGGACUCGUUAAAGAAGGCUCUGAUGAUGCGAGGUCUGAUCCCUGAAUGCUGUGCUGUCUACAGGAUUCAGGACGGAGAGAAGAAGCCCAUUGGCUGGGAUACAGACAUCUCUUGGUUAACUGGGGAGGAGCUUCAUGUUGAGGUUUUAGAGAAUGUUCCUCUGACAACCCAUAAUUUUGUGAGGAAGACCUUCUUCACGUUGGCCUUCUGUGAUUUCUGCCGGAAGCUGCUUUUCCAGGGCUUCCGCUGCCAGACAUGUGGCUACAAAUUUCACCAGCGCUGCAGCACUGAGGUGCCACUCAUGUGUGUCAACUACGACCAGCUUGAUUUAUUAUUGACAUCCAAAUUUCUGGUGCACCACCCAAUCACUCAGGAAGAGGUGUCCUCAGAGGGCACCACCCCUGUGUCAGAGGUGUGUCCAUUUAUCCCACCAUCUGACUCCACAGGGUCACUGUGCCAUACAAGCGUGUCCCCGUCCAAAUCCAUUCCCAUCCCUCAAAGUUUCCGGCCAGGAGAGGAAGACCACCGUAACCAGUUUGGACAGAGAGACCGCUCUUCUUCAGCCCCCAAUGUCCAUAUCAACACAAUCGAGCCAGUCAACAUAGAUGACUUAAUUCGUGAUCAAGGUUUACAGAGGUCUGAUGGAGGCUCCACCACUGGACUUUCGGCCACACCCCCUGCCUCCUUACCUGGUUCCCUAACCAAUGUGAAGGUGCCACAGAAGUCACCGUGCCAACAGCGGGAGCGCAAAUCGUCGUCGUCGUCAUCUGAGGACCGCAAUAAAAUGAAAACAUUGGGCCGACGGGACUCCAGCGAUGACUGGGAGAUUCCAGAGGGUCAGAUCACUCUGGGUCAGCGGAUAGGAUCCGGCUCAUUUGGAACUGUCUACAAGGGAAAGUGGCAUGGUGACGUGGCAGUCAAGAUGUUGAAUGUCACUGCUCCCACUCCUCAGCAACUACAGGCCUUUAAGAAUGAAGUAGGGGUCCUCAGGAAAACACGUCAUGUCAAUAUCCUGCUCUUCAUGGGCUACACUACCAAGCCACAGCUGGCCAUAGUGACACAGUGGUGUGAAGGCUCAAGCCUCUACCACCACUUACACAUUAUUGAGACCAAGUUUGAGAUGAUCAAGCUAAUCGACAUCGCCCGCCAGACCGCCCAAGGCAUGGACUACCUACAUGCCAAGUCUAUCAUUCAUAGAGACCUGAAGAGCAACAAUAUCUUCUUGCAUGAGGAUCUGACGGUUAAGAUCGGUGAUUUCGGUCUGGCUACAGUGAAGUCACGUUGGAGUGGAUCACACCAGUUUGAGCAGUUGUCAGGCUCAAUCCUGUGGAUGGCUCCUGAGGUGAUCCGACUGCAGGAUAAGAACCCGUACAGCUUUCAGUCAGAUGUCUACGCUUUUGGUAUCGUCCUGUAUGAGCUCAUGUCAGGGGCAUUGCCUUAUUCCAACAUCAACAACAGAGACCAGAUCAUCUUCAUGGUGGGCCGAGGUUACCUCUCCCCUGACCUGAGCAAAGUGCGCAGCAACUGCCCCAAAGCCAUGAAGAGACUUAUGGCUGACUGCUUGAAGAAGAAAAGAGAGGAGCGACCUCUUUUCCCUCAGAUCCUCGCCUCUAUUGAGCUCUUGGCACGCUCACUACCCAAAAUCCACCGCAGCGCCUCAGAACCGUCCCUCAACCGUGCUGGCUUCCAGACGGAAGACUUCAGUCUGUACGCUUGCGCCUCGCCAAAAACACCUAUUCAGGCUGGAGGCUAUGGAGAGUUUUCGGCUUUUAAGUAGUGCUGUCGACUCAACGCUCAUCCCUGGUCACUUUUUCAGCCGUCUUGUGUUCCUACAGUGGGUUCAUCCUUAAAACCG